AUGCUUGCUUGGUUGCUCCUUCUCACUUGGAUUCUACCAUCCCUUGCUCUCACAGACUUUUACACCAUCAGCAACAACAAGGUCUUGCAGACAUGUGCAUAUGUCUCCAACGCAGAGUCGGGCAUUGCCCGCUGGUUCCGUAUGAGAGAUCCAUACAUCAAGGUCAACCUCGUGAGGUCCGACAACCUCUUUGCUGAUGUCGAUGUCUACACCUUGAUCAUGGGCGGACCAGACAUGAACAAAAUCUCUAUUGGCUUUAAUCCCUACUACAAGGUCUGCGACGAGUUUGCCCUUAACGACAAGUACUGCGAGCAUGAGUCCGACGAGUCCAAUUCUAAGAAGUUGUCCCUUGUGGAAUUGAUCGACAGUGGCGGUUAUAAAUUCCCAAUUGAAUCGUUCAUGCUGAAUACCAAAAAGGAAACCGACCAUAUUUAUACGUUGGACCGCUCGGGCAUCUACUGUGCCAUGUUCCUAACUUCAAACAUUCCAGACACCGUCGAAGACAUCGCUGUGGAGGUGGAGUGGGUCCAAAGUUAUGGCAACUUGCUAGUGAGCGAUUUCAAGAGACUCUUCUCAACAGUUGUUUUCACCUUUGCUUACAUUGGCGUUGCAAUCGUCCUAUCUUUUCUAACCUACAGAAAAAUUAACCUUAAUGAGAAUACCUCCAUUACAAUCAACAACUUGAAAUUCCAGAAAUUCACUCUACAGUAUAAAUUCAUUCUUUUCUUUUGGGCUUAUGGUAUACUCUAUCUAUCCACCUCGGUCCAUUACAUUCUGCUAAACAAAUACGACUAUACAACUGACUCAUUGAUUAUCUUCUUUACUAAUGUUCUUGAUUUGGCCUUAUCCACAAUAGUUAGUGUUUGGACCAUCUAUAACUUGAUGCUAUUCAGCGCAGGCUCUUGGAUUCAUGUAGAUAUAACAAACACAAAUAAAACAUCGCAUAAUCUCCAAGUUAAAACAGCAAAAAUCAUCGCCGUUGUUCUUGUCAUUCAAAUGUUAAUUUAUGAUAUGGAAGAAUCGACCAUUCACUCCUUAAUUGGAAAUGUUCCAAAAGAUUGGUUGAGUACUUGCAUCUAUAUCGAAUACUUCCUCAUCUAUAUCCUCACUCUCACUUGGGCAGUGAUCACAUGGACCAAAAUUCAGGAGAAAAAACUAAAGACAAUCUACCUCAUUACUACAGCCCUCUUGGGCAUCCUCUUUGCCAUAAUUAUACUUGGUGUCCGCUUGUUCAACCACACUGCACAAACGGCGUCUAUAGCCUACACCGUCGAAUUCAUCUUCACCGUCGUGGUCGCCUUUCUUUGGCACAAUGUCAUUUUCGAAAACAACACCCUUGUGCUCAAGUAA